GAGAAAUGAAUAAUCCUAUUUGUUUUUCUCAAUACUUUGUGAAUAAGCAAAAUGUAAGGUCAUUUAAUAAUGUAUUAAAUUCAAAGUAUCUAAGAAGUGAAAAUGAUACUGCAUUUCUUAAAAAUAUAUUCGAAGAUGAAAAAUUAGUAAGUGAAUUAUCUACUGAAGUUAAGGAAAUAUUGUUUGAAAUAAGGGAAAAUGUUACAAGUUGCAGCAAACAAGAUUUUAAAAAUUAUCUAGUAAUAAAAGAUGUUGAACAUAGCUUACGAACAAUUCAUAAGGCUGAUGUUCUGACAAGUUGUAGUAAUGCCUUGGUUAAGGUAAUCCCUUCCAAAUUUUUUGGGAACAAUCACAACAACAAAAUAUUUAGCAAGUGUACAAAACUUAUAAUAUAUAGCAUGAGAAAUCAAUUCUUAUAUUUAGGAAAUGUUAUUGUUAAAAGUUGGGAUUUUUCCAGAUUUCCCUGGAACACUAUUAUUGACACACUGUCUCCUAAAAUACUUUGCCAUAUUUUGCACUGGAUCUUUAAAAUUAUUUUAUCUGCAAUAAUAUCUCUAAAUUUUUAUGUAACCACUUGUAAAUUUGAUAAUGAUGAAAAUAAACUACAUUUUUUUUUAAAGAAUCAUUGGCAAAGAUUUUAUGAUAUAAGGAUAUCAAAUAUGAUUAUUUCAAAAAUUAUUAGUAGAUUUGAACCAUAUUGCAUAGGCAAAAAGACAAAAACAAAAUACAAUCUUCAGGAAAGAUUAAAAUUGAAAAUGUUAAAAAGAGAGAUAUCCAAAUUGCAUUUGGUUUUAAAAUGUAAUGAUGAUUAUAGACCCAUUGUUCGAUACAAGAAUGAAUCAAUUACUACAUCAGAGAAAUAUAAAAUUAAAGAAAGAUUGCAUUUUUUACAUAUACUAACUGGUAAAAGUUAUGCAAAAAUAGAGAGGCAUUUCUCAGUUUUAUAUACAAUGUGGAUUAAGAAAAAUCAACCAAAAUUAUAUUUUGUUAAAACAGAUCUCAGUAAUGCUUUUGGAUCUAUCAGUAAGGAAAAGCUUUUAAAGAUUCUUUGCGAGCGGCAUGUAGAAUUUCAAAAGAAAGAAAAAUCAUUGUACAAAAAAAAGAAAUUUGCUCAACAAUAUAAAGAAAUUGUAGCUGAACUUAGAAAGCCACUGUUAAUCCGAUCAGGUUCUACAAUUUAUGAGUGGAAAGAAGGUUUGGUGCAGGGAUAUAAAUAUUCUCCAGCAUUAUCUGAAUUGUAUUAUUCAUAUUUAGAUGAAAUAUAUUUUUCAGAACAUCUCAAAAAGGAAGAUCAUGAUCUCAAGUUAUUUAUACGAGUGGUUGAUGAUUAUUUGUACAUAACAGAUUCUUUAGAAGAUGCCCACUUGUUUUUAAAGGCAUUGUCUAAUUAUAGGAAUGUGAACUUUAUAAAAACAUUUGUUAAUUUUCAACAUCCAACAAUAAAAUUUAGACAAGAAAUAACUUUUCUUGGGUACAGCUAUAAUACUGCUAAUAUGGAAGUAAGCAGAGCAAAUACUGUGUUUACUGGUGACAUGUGUUAUAAAAUUAGCUUUUCAGCAGCCAUUGGGGAUUUAGGUAAAUUUUUAGAAAAUAGGAUAGGGCAAUCCGGCAUUCAAAUUAAUGGUCACAUUUUUAAUUUUUAUCACAACAAUGAAGAAUUGAUAUGGCAUCAUAUUUUUGUAACAUUGUGUCUUUCAGCUAAUAAAUUCUGCACAAUAUUAGCCCUUUAUUGUGAUGAGAAACAAAUGUCACAAUAUUUAGCAAUUUAUAAAAAUAGAGUAACUGUUAAACUUUGUAAUAGUAUUAUAGAGACUUUGAAGAGGAACCGUCCAUCAGAUUUUAUUUUUAAAUACUGCAUCAAUCAUUUUCGUUAUUUAUCUUUUAAAGCUCUGCUUUUAUGCGCGCAAAAGACAUCAAAAUGCAAUAUCUUAGUUCCAUAUGUGAAUGUUGAAUUAGCCAGGAGUAAUUGUAUAAACGGGAAAUGGAGGGACCACUCCAGUAGAAUUUGUAAAAGUGGUAAAAGUAAAAUGCAAGCAAUUAGAGAAAUAUGUAAAAGAGCAGAUCUUAAGAUAAUUAUGAAAAAAUUUAAUGACUUGCCACCAGGUGUUCAAUGUUUUAAUCAUAAGAAAUUUUAUCAAUGAACUUAUGUUAAAUAAAAAUUAUUUAAAAAAAAAGUAUAUUUUUAUUG